UUUAUUCAUCGUAACUAGCCUACUUCCACGCCUCCCGAUAAUUUGAUUAUUGUGAAAACGUAAGGGACAGUUCCACUGCCAAGCGACAGCAGGACGUCCCGUUGAAUGGAGAAGCAAUAAUGCAUCUGACUGUGGAAAACCAUGUGCAUUGCCCGAUCCUAGUUGCCGUGUGAUCGUUGUAUAAGGUCAACUUUCCGUAAUGUGGGAGGCAGCAAUGCGUCUAUCCGACUCUACCGUUGGAGCAGCAAUCAGCCUGUAUGAUUGACGCUGUAUGUCUGCCUCCAUGCACGAUGCCUUAGAGGUCGGUGUAAUGCCAACGAAAUAGCGAAGGCGGUCAUAAACAGCAGCAACCAGAGGAGACAAGCAUCGAUCAAAAUUCCCCUAUAGCUGGAUGCCAUUGGUUCUACUUCUGCGUCUUUGAGGACAGAGACGCGUUUAGGCGUAACGACCUUGGAGGACCGCGCCGAAAUUGUCUGCAUCCUGAGGAGUGCUUCCCCAUGGAGGACAGGAAACACCCCCGGAAACCUAUCAUGGAUGGUCUGACCAUAGACGCCCCCUAAGGCCAGAAGCACAGCAGGGAUUUUUUUUCAAGGGGCGUGAGACCCGCGAUGAGCUGGGGGCACUGGGACUGGAGCAGGGAGACGCCGAGCCUACUGGGAGCAGCGGGACGCAGGAUGGCGUGAGGAUCUCGGGCCGCCGGCGCACAGAUCACCUGGCAGCGAUACCUUCGUGCUGAGUUAUGCACGGAAUGGGUGUCCUGCCAGGCGGUCUUCAGGGCUUUGCUCCUGUCGUGAGCAACUGGAAGGUGAACCGCAUCGCUGCCUGAUGGUGCUUCAAGUCUAGGCUCGGACUGGCAAGGGCACGGUCUUGGAAUUGCGUUUGGGAUUUUGAUUUUUUCAGCGAUCGUACACCCAUGGACAAUCAGUCGACCCUUCAACUGCAGUGUCUGGAGAUGACGACCAAGAGGAAGAUCAUUGGCCGCCUGGUGCCGUGCCGGUGUUUUCGGGGGGAGGAGCAGGAGGUGAUCUCCGUGCUGGACUACUCCCACUGCAGCCUGCAGCAGGUGCCCAAGGAGAUCUUCAGCUUCGAGCGAACGCUGGAGGAGCUCUACCUGGAUGCCAACCAGAUAGAGGAGCUGCCCAAGCAACUGUUCAGCUGUCAAGCUCUGAAGAAGCUGAGCCUUCCUGACAAUGACCUCACCACCCUGCCGACCACCAUAGCGAGCCUCGUCAACCUGAAGGAGCUGGACAUCAGUAAAAACGGCAUUCAAGAGUUCCCUGAUAACAUUAAGGGCUGUAAAUGUCUGACGAUCGUGGAAGCAAGCGUCAAUCCCAUUUCCAAGCUCCCGGACGGAUUCACGCACCUCCUGAAUCUCUCCCAGCUGUUUUUAAACGACGCCUUCCUGGAGCAGCUUCCUGCCAACUUCGGGAAACUAUCCAAAUUGCGCAUUCUGGAGCUUCGAGAAAAUCACCUGAAAACGUUGCCAAAGUCACUGCAGAAGCUCUCCCAGCUGGAGAGACUGGACCUGGGCAGCAAUGAAUUCAACGAGCUGCCGGAGGUCCUGGAGCAGAUACACAACCUGAAGGAGCUUUGGAUGGACAACAACUCCCUCCAGACGCUACCUGGGUAUAUAGGGAAGCUGAAGCAUUUGACGUACCUGGAUCUGUCCAAGAACAGGCUCGAGUCCCUGGACGCGAGUAUUUCUGGAUGUGAGGCGCUAGAAGACCUCCUUCUGUCCUCAAACAUGCUUCAGCAACUGCCUGACUCCAUUGGAAUGCUGAAAAAAAUGUCAACUCUUAAAGUAGAUGAAAACCAGAUCUCCUCACUGCCCAACACUAUCGGGAGUUUAUCGCAGCUGGAAGAGUUUGACUGUAGCUGCAAUGAACUGCAGUGUCUCCCUCCUGCUAUCGGCUACCUGCACAACCUGCGGACGUUUGCAGCAGAUGAGAACUUCCUCCUGGACCUGCCUAGAGAGAUCGGGAACUGUAGGAACGUGACCGUCAUGUCGCUACGCUCCAACAAGCUGGAGUUCCUUCCCGAUGAGAUCGGACAGAUGACCAAGCUGAGGGUCCUCAACCUGAGCGACAACAGGUUAAGGAACUUGCCUUUGACGUUCACCAAGCUAAAAGACCUGGCAGCCCUCUGGUUAUCAGACAAUCAGUCCAAGGCCCUUAUUCCGUUGCAGUCAGAGGCCAACCCAGAGACCAACCAGAGAGUCCUCACUAACUACAUGUUCCCUCAACAGCCACGGCAUGAAGAAGAUUACCAGUCUGACACCGACAGCUUCAACCCCACCCUCUGGGAGGAGGAGCGGCAGAAGCGUAUGACCGUGGCCUUCGAGUGUGACGACAAGAAGGAGGAAGAUGACGGCACUGGGAAAGUCAAGGUCGAGAUCAAUCUGAAGCGCUACCCAACUCCAUACCCAGAGGACCUGAAGAACAUCGUCAAGUCGGUGCAGAACCUGAGAGGCGGCAUGGAGAAAUGCCCCCCUGGCAUGGUUGUUGCGGAGCACCAGGGCAAGGACAAAUAUGAGAGAGGGUGGCCAAUGGCGAUGAAGGAGGGCAUUGCCGAGGUAGCUUCUCAGAUGGAGGCAACCGCCAAAGGUCUCAAUGCAGGGACAGAUGCUGUAGGGUAUGGCUUCCAGAUGGCAGACAGGGACGUCCAAGAAUACGUCAAAAUCCAGAUGAUGCAACGGGGAACCAGCCAGAACUCGUCUAUCGAGAUUCCAAACCACAAGGACAGGGAGGAUUUGACAGAGAGCUCUGAGGACUCACCCAACGACAUCCGUAUCUCUGACAUGAGAUCCACCUCAGCUGAACCGCCAAUGUUCAAGACCAAGGUUGUUCUGCUGAACAAAAACAAACCAGACUCCAUUGAUGAGCACGGUGCUGAGAAACUGCACGGCCUGAACCCCGGCGGGCCCUCGGCCGCCUACUCUGACUACGUGCCUCCGCAGGCGUCCUCCAAUGCCUUGAAAGGAAAGGUUCCCCAACAGCAGGGGGUGCAGACGGGCGAGCCCCCCACCCACUGGACAGAGAGACUAGCCCAAUCUAUCCCCACCAGCAUGGAGAAACAGUACCUGAACCAGAGGCUGGCCAGCAACAUGCAGCAGCACGCAGAGAGACGUCCCCUCAGCACCAAUUUCAACAACUGGGGCGAUGGCACCCAGUAUGACAACACAGAUUUUGGAAGCAUGGAGCCAUCUGUGGAGACUUCUGGAGCAAAAGCGGCACUGGGGCCCCGAAGUGCAUUGGCCCAGGGCCGGAGGGCCCUCCUGAGGCAGGACCGUAUUGUGGCUGUCUCCCAGGAGACAGAGCAGGCCGCCAAGCCCUUCCACGGGCAGGACACCGAAGUGCCUCCUCCGGCGAACCCGUGGCAGAACUGGACUAGGACGCCCAGCCCACUUGAAGAGAGGACAGCCUUCCAUUCCAAGAUGGAACUGACCCCCAUGAGCAGUCCUAAGCCGAAUCACAAAGACUUCCCACAGAUGGGAGAGCAACCCGGAACCUUCUCCCCUCCAGGGGCGAGAGGGGCGCCCUUGGACCCCAAGGACACAGUAAGGCAGGCCAAUGUUCACGGGCACCCACAAGGCAGCCAGAAUCCCCCCAGGAACGUCGUCACUAUCAGCAAGAGUGCCGAGAGGCUCUAUCCCAUGAUGAAGGAGGUGAAGGCCAAGUUCAAGAAGUCGCAGAGUACGGACGAGCUGGACAUCAGCUCCAUCAAGGGGCAUGGUGCCGCACUCGACAGCUACGGCUCGGCAAUGGAGAACCAGGGCAGCGUGGACAGAGCGGAUGUCCCUGUGACAUACGAGCACAGUAUGUCCCGCAGCCUGUCGGCCCCCAUGUUGGAUGAUGACACCGACGACUUUGGCGGCACGCCGGGUUUCGAGGAGUCCAAAGGCAUCGGUCCCAAGAAGGUUUUCCACUUCGACCAAAGCUACAACCCUCAGGGUCCCAUGGAGAUGAUGAAUCCCGAAAGGAGGUCUAUGCCACCUUUCCCGAGCACGACCAUGUACAUCAACCAAGCGGGAAAGACCCUCCCCAAGGAGCUGGUGAGCCCCAGGGUGUACAAGGGCUACCAGCCUGCAGAGCAGAUGUUUACCUUCUCACCAAAUCAGGUCAGCAAGGAGCCAGUCCCUCAGCAGUACUCGGGGCAGAGGUCACGGCCGGGUUGCCUCCGAAGGGCGGAUUCCUUGGUUAGCUCCACAGACCUGGCACUCUUCCGUCGCAUGGUGGAAGCCCAGGAAAUGCAGGCCUGUGGGCGUCCUCACCCAAAGGCUAUGCUGGAGCACCAAGCCAGGCUUCCCGUCAAGGGAGAGCCCCAGUUCCACAAGGGUCCCGGAAGGUACGAUGGCGAGUAUGCAUCCUACCAGGAGCCUAAGGCUCCUCCUGUAGGCUACCCAACCAAAAGCCUAGCUCCACGGCGCCCCCUCUCGGCCAGGAGUUACAGCAUCGAGAGCUACGGUGCUUCUCAGGCACGGCCAGUGUCGGCAAGGCCAACCAUGGCCGCCCUGAUGGAAAAGAUUCCCACGGAUUACAACCUGGCUGCGUGCAUGGAGAAGAAUGCCGAUGGGGGUGAUGAGCUUUGGAUGGAGCACAACAAGAUGCCGCCUGACUGGAGACAGCAGCUGCUGAGGCACAUAGAUACUAAACGGCCAGACUGGCAAAGCAAUAUUCAGGACAACCGCAAGGGGGACCCGUCAGGUGGGGGGCCCUGGGCCCCGUACUCGCUUAGUAGGAGAGAUGUACCUCCAGAUAACAUGAAGAAGCCAGGAAGCCACACCCACCAAAACCAGACGAUGAAUGUGACCUCGGCCACGGCGCACCACCGCCCCCUGCAGGACCAGCUGCACGAAGGUGCCAUCAACAAGAUCGCCAUCCAGCAGUACCAGAACCCCCAGUCCAGACCCAUCUCUGCCACAUGCCCCCGACCGCAGAGCGCCCACUGCCUCAGCCAGACCAAAGGGCACAAGAACAUUGAGGGACACAAGGAGCAGGUGGGGGCAUUCGUGUCCCACCGCGAUCAGCGUGCCCUGGUGCAGCCGUUCCACCCAUCUGUGCAGCCUCAGACCGUCCUCUGGAACUACAUCUCCUAAUCGCACCCAGCAGAACUUCAGGGCUUUAGGAGAGUUGAACGGCAAUGAUGCGAAUGCAGAACGAAUUACAAUUUUGUAAAACUUAAAGAGUCUCCGCAUUUACUAUACCGGCUUUGAGCCCAGCACAAAAACUGAAACAAAUCAUUUUAUAUCUUGGAACUGAGGACUGGUUGGAGAUGUGUCUCAAUUUAAUACGUGCUGAUUCUAACUUGUACAGCCCCACCUUUCCGUUCUGUCUGUACGUCCACUUUGUCUUUUCCUCUCUCCUGGCCCUUUGCGGCCCAGCGUGUUACCUGCCCUUCUCCCACGCCGUUUUGUAUGCACUCAGAGGAAUCCUGCCCUCGGUUUCAGUCUCUCAGGGGAGUUUAUGUGGACGAGGGAACCCAGUUUGAGCCUUCAGAUAUGGUAAGAUCUCCUCCCAUACUGCACUGGGGGUUAGGCCAAGGAAAUGGCGUUAAUCUUUUUUUUGGGAGGGGGGGUGGGGGCGGUUCGCUGACAAAAUUAGAAGAUUCUCCCUCACUGGAGUUGUUUACCUCAUGGUGAAGUGAUCAAUGGGAUUUUUUUUUUCUACAGUUUACAUAUAACAGGAUAUGAAAUGGGUUUUCAAGGACAUAAAAUUGUGUUCGCGUUUGUAUAGGCCUAUUAAUGGACUUGAAAGUUGUUUUUCAGUGCCGUUAAAGAUUACAGAAAAACACUGUACCAUACGGGGUUUUACACGAGGACUAUUGACUCGUAUUCAUUUUUCUAGAAGAAAACCGGACGGUAAACAUUCAAAGUAUCCUGACUAAAAAAGUCUAAAAAUGGCUUCUUUGAAUAUUUGUUUCUGGGUUACAGCGUCAUGCCCACCCCCAAUGUCAUUUGUGAAAUUAUUAAGGUAGUCUUUUACAUUACUUACAUGCUCGAUUCUGUGUCACAGACAUGCCCGACUCACCCAAAAUAAUCUUAGAAAAUGGAAAUCAAUGCCAAUCCCACAUAAGCCUUAACAUUUAACUUGAUUUUAGACAAGUUUCGUUUCAUUCGUUUUUCUCUCUCCCGUAACACCCACUCUCAAAAGUAUCUAAAGAUCCCCCCCUAAGAGCGGUCUUCCUGUCUGCGUGUUAGCACCACUUCUCCCCCCAAUCCGCGUCUCUUCCUCGGCCGCUCCAUGUUGCACCGAUCUCCAUGUUUUUUUUCCCACCGCAAAUGUCUUUUUGCGUCUCUUUUUUGCGCUUUUUGGUGAUGAACGGACAUCGUCCUUUACGCACAAAAGUGCUGUAAUUCAGCUGUGGGAUGUCCAGGACACUGUGGACUUGGUGGUGCCGAGGGAGCAGACGGCUCGAUUAUUUUAAUACAGCCUCUUGUGAAGAGGGGAUGCUGAAAUGUGCUCUUAGAACACGUUUUUAUCUAAGAAAAUCAACAUUUGCCAUUUGCUGGACAAGUGACAAAUUUUUGUUGACAGAAACGUCAAAAGAAAUACUAAAAUAUUACAAAUAUACAGGGAAAAUGUAUGUAAAUAUGGUGCAAUUUUUACCUAUAGCCCAAAGCUUUUAAUGGGCGUGGAUGUUUCUUUUUCUUUUUCUGGACGUCUCAUCACUGUGUUUCUCUGCAUCUGUUCUUAUUUUCUUUGUUUAUAUCGCCUACAUAUAGGCCUAAUUCAUUCUUAAGCAGACCGACCCAUUAGUAGUCAACAUAAACACUGCCUCAGAUUUGUAUCUAUCAUUGAAGAACUGUCUGAUAAAGAUUGCUAUCGUAUUCAAUAUUCAAGAAGAAAAUACGGAUAGGACACUUUGCCUUGAAUUUGUCUCUGUCAAACAUUAAGGGAACUGAACCGCAAUCGUGGAUGCUGUCAUUGUUUUCAGCGUAAUCUGCAAUGAUUUUUUUUCCUCACAUGAGAGAUAAUCUCCGAGUCCCAACAUGUGAAUCUUACGGACACGACAAUGCCAAAGCAAUAUUCUACUCUGUAGCGCCAUCCUCCUGUUGUGGAAUACUGGUUAAUGUGCUCUAGAACCUGCCCUAGAGUGCCAUCUACUGGUGGACGUGUGGUCUUGCUCUGGUUUUGUAAGACGUGCAACCAAAGGGAGUACUGCGGCAAUAGACGCCUAAUAUACUUUCCUAAAAUACAAGUAAUGUGGAUGGUGUAGAAAGGGUAGCUGUGUUCACAGGGUAUCUUAGUAGGCCAACCCAUUUCUUACCAGACAAAACACACUUCGGAAAGUGCAUUCGUUUCAGCCCUCUUACAUAUGGCCGUCAUACUGCUUCACCGUAGGGCUACCUGUUCUCGAUCUGUGACUUCAUUCUUAAUAUUAUCAAUGAGAGUCAUAAGGGGCCUUCUUAUGACUUAAGAAAGUUAACAUCUAUACAAGAACAUAAAACACUGCAAUUCCCAAUUGGUUAAUAACUUUAGUUUAUUCUCUAAAUUUGGGGAUACAUGUUGGGAUUUCAAACCUUGCAUAAGUAUUGCAAAGAAGGUUCUUACCUAAAGUAAAUGCUAAAACAAAAGCAAAUUAACUACUGAUAAUGACACUGGGUAUUCAGUUUUUUGCUUUUUAUGACUUUAUUGAAAGCCACUCCUGGCGAACCUCUUACGGAGCAGAGAUUGUGGUGCGAGCGCGGGAUCUGGGCGUGUGAAUGGCGUUUUGUUGCCUUCGCGUGCUACCCCCUGUUCUGUGCCACGCUUUUCCAUCGCCAAAUGUAGCAGUUUCUUUGACUUUUUUUAAGCGGAAUAUGGCGAUCUGAACGUUAUACCCUGUUAGAAAACGAGCGAGACCGGAAGACGAAAUGGUGAAAAAGUCGCACUUAAGUUCAAACAUUGUAACAUAAAUAUAUUAAAUAUAAAUGGUAUUUUUUAUACUAAUUGUGUUCAGGUUUUAUUUGUAAUUUAUUACUGUACUUGCUUAUAGUGUGAAAUUUUAUAAUAACUGUGUAAGAAAUUAAUAAAAUAAUCAGGACAAAAAUGUAUCAGACCUGUAAGAUAUAUUUCUACAGUACAUGUGCAUUUGCGUAACACAAUUGUGUAUAUAUAAAUGUAUAUGUAAAAAAGAUGAUCAUAUUUGUAUGUUAGUUAUAGCUAACUUGAAAGCCAAUAUUCUGUACUUUUCAAAGAUAAUUGAUGUAAAUGAAAACACAUUUAGGAAAUCCUUAUAGAUUGUGAAUGUACGAGCUUCUGCAAUAUGGGAGUAUAUUGGAAUUAACUGCUGCUUAAUUUUGUGCAAAAAAAGUAAUUUUAAAGGACAUAAUUAUUCUCUUAAUAAUUAAGUUUAGUGAGAAUGUAUCAUCCAGUUUAUUGAUUUGCACAUGGGAGUUAAACCUUUCCACUUCUUGAUUGACAUAAUGAUUGAUCUAUAACUGGUGGAAUAUAUUCUCUGUGUAGAAAUCCUUUGCCAAAGGCCUUUCGUUUUAUUGAAAUGUAUUUAAAAAGAUAUAUAUAUAUAUAUAUAUAUAUAUCCACAAAGGGGAGGGUAAUAAGCGCUGUGCAGAAAAUAAAA